GCUCCGGUGUCAUGGCGAGCUCCUGCCCUGAAGGCGAGCAGGCCGUUCCUGACAGAAAGAGGGAGCAGUUUGGGAGCCGGUUUUUGCGCGACCCGGCGCACGUCUUCCACCACAAUGCCUGGGACAAUGUGGAAUGGUCGGAAGAGCAGGCCGCGGCGGCGGCGAAGAAAGUCCGGGAGAACAGUGCCCAGCGAGUGCCCCAGGAGAAGCAAGUUGAUUACGAGAUCAAUGCCCACAAAUACUGGAAUGACUUCUACAAAAUCCACGAAAAUGGGUUUUUCAAGGAUAGACACUGGCUCUUUACCGAAUUCCCUGAGCUGGCACCUAACCACAACGGAAAUCACUUAAAGGAUUUGCUGUCAGAGGAAAAGAGGCGAGAGUGUGGCAGCAGUGAGGACGGACAUGGUCUGACAAUAGAAGAACAGCAUCACGGUACUUUGAACAGCCUCAGAGAAAAAACACAGGCCCCUUCUGUGGAGAAGAACAUAACCCAGAAACUCAGCCACCUGGACAUUUGUGCUGACGAGUUUCCUGGAUCCUCAGCUACCUACAGAAUACUUGAGGUUGGAUGUGGUGUGGGAAACACGGUCUUUCCAAUUUUACAAACUAACAAUGACCCAGGACUCUUUGUUUACUGUUGUGAUUUUUCCUCGACAGCUGUGGAACUGGUCCGGACAAAUUCAGAGUAUGAUCCUUCUCGGUGCCUGGCCUUUGUUCACGAUCUGUGUGAUGAAGAUAAGAGUUACCCAGUGCCCAGGGAUAGUCUCGAUAUCAUCAUUCUCAUAUUUGUUCUUUCAGCAGUUGUUCCAGACAAGAUGCAGAAGGCGAUCCACAGACUGAGCAGGCUUCUGAAGCCAGGGGGACUGAUGCUUCUGCGAGAUUACGGCCGCUAUGACAUGGCGCAGCUUCGCUUUAAGAAAGGUCAAUGUCUGUCUGAAAACUUCUAUGUAAGAGGUGACGGCACCAGAGUGUACUUCUUCACACAAGAUGAACUAGACACUCUUUUCACUGCUGCUGGACUGGAGAAAAUUCAGAAUCUGGUGGACCACCGUUUGCAAGUCAAUCGGGGAAAGCAGCUGACAAUGUACCGAGUGUGGAUACAGUGCAAAUACCGCAAACCUCUGCUGGGCAGCUCUGGCUGAGAGCUCCUGCUUC